AUGACGACCGACAACCGAGCGGCAAUGUGGCCGCUGCCGCCGAUCGCGCUGCAGAUUCUGCACUACCUCGACGACGCCGAUGACGCGCUCGCCUUUCUUUCUGCGGCGCCCUAUGAUAGCCUCGAUGACGCGCUCGACGCGCUCCGGACGCUCUUGGCCUUCGACUCGGAGUUUUCACUCUGGCCCACGGCCGACAUUGCCAGUCUCGAGGCUGCCUACAACGUCAGUCCCAGCGUCGUCGCGAAGGCGCUUCCUCUCUUGAAGAAGAUUGAUUUGGGCUUCUGCAAGCACCAUUGGAGCAUUUGCCAUGCCACGGAGCUGCCACCGACGACGGCCGUGAUCGCUUCCGUUGAUCUCGACGUCAUCAGUGUCCCCACAGUCCUCGGCAAGUGGCUACCCAACCUCGUGGAUCUGAAAGUCACAAAUCUAUCUUCUCUGGACUUUGCGGCCAUCGUCCAGGACAGCCUCUCGGUAUGCCGUGGUCUCAUUACGCUGACCAUGAACCAAGAAGAGAUGCUCAACCAAGGCACCUUUGACGCUGCGUUGAUUGCGAUUGCAGCAUAUUGCCCUCAGGUUGAGCGCAUCAGUGUUGGUUCGUCCAGCGUCUCGCUCAUGUCGGACUGCGAGACGCUCCUCGCGUGGCUGGCGCUGCCCACCGCACGCCAUCUUGAGCUGGAGUGUACCAAGUUUGCAUGGGAGCUCGGCAAGGAGCUGGCAACGGUCAUGCUCACGUCAUCUACACUCGAGACCCUCGAGCUCACUGGUGUCUCAAGUCUCAUGCGCGCGAUUUUGAGUCCGUCGUCGCCGCCGCUGCCGCCGCAGCUGCGUCACCUGGCGAUCUGGGAAUUAUACUCGAUGGAGAACGAGUACGACGACACGCUCUGCCCAUUCGACCAAAGCGACGCUGCCGCCCUUGCUGCCAAGAUUGCGACCUCGCACCUCGAAAGCUUGGAGCUGGGGUCACAGUAUCCCAGCGAUGUCGCGGCGGUCAUCCCAGUCUUGCAGCAGCUCCCGACGCUGACGAAACUCUCGCUUCAUGGGGUCGUAUUGUCCGCGUUCGCUCCACUGCGUCAGCUAUUGCACCUCGAGAUCAACGAGGCCACGUUCACGGACGAGGCCAUCAAGUGCCUCGCGGUGCUGCUUGGCUCGUCGCCAAAGCUGGUGCAUCUCGAUCUCGGCUGGGACUCUUUGUACCAGAACUUUCCGCCCGACCAUCAAGUCGAGAUGAUCCUGAGUGCGCUGCCACACUGGCUGAGCCAUCGCGGGACAACAUGCAACGUCUCUCUCCCCAUCAUGACCGAGGCGAGCGCCGCCGCCCUCAUCGCUGCACUUGCAAAGACGCGCAAUUCGCACAGGGUCACGUGUUUGAUUGCCACGUCUGGUCUCUCGCUCCAUUACAAGAAGCAACUGGUGGCGGCACUGGCGUCGACGUCACGCAUGGCGCUGUGCAUCCUCGGAGCAGAUCGUUUUGAGUUCGUCGCGCUGGAAGCGUAUGGUCGGCAGCAUCAGUUGACGAUCGCGUAUCGCAAGGAGUCCACGACGGCGGCCAAGGAGUGCUGGUUCCACUCGCCACGUCGUUAACGACCAGCUAGCGAGGACGCAUAACAGUCGUAAGCACGCUUCAUGCUGACGUACUGGCGUCACAAUGUCCGCACAGCAAGUAGUAGCAAGGCCAUAAGUAUACUCC